AUGGAGCUAGCUCAGACCCAGCUAGCCCGAGCUGUUCCACCUCUGCGCCGGAACGCUGGGACUUCAAAUCCAUCGAUAAGCUCUGACCGCCUUGCCCUCACCUUUAUGUCUGAAUGGCAUUCAUUCACAAGAGAAGCUUUCGAAGCUUUCCAAGAAGCUGAAAUCACCCAUGAAGUCCCGUUUCAUGAUGAAACUGAGCUGUACACGGUCGGAAAUGAACUUGGUGUAUCCGGCAGGUUCGUCCGAAAUCUUUGCGACCCGGUGAUGAGGGCCCUUGAACCAUUACAGGGGAUGGCUUCGAUCCGAUUCGCCGAUUUCCAAGCAAUCUCUACUCCAGAAGACGUGGUUCCAGAUGUAUGUCUGGGGCUCAUUGCAGUUGACCCAACACCUGACAAUGUGCAUUUGGUGGGAGAAUUACAAACACCAUGGACCAUCCCCGAUGCAUAUCUUCAUCUAAAUCGACCUAAUACAUCCUAUCAUCUCGAGCCACUGAUAGGACAGCUUGUUGCUCAAAUGCGCAAGUGUUCGCUUUGCUUUGGAUUUUUAUCCACCUACUCCUCAACAAUCUUUGUCAAACGAGCAGCGGACUAUUCUUUUCUUCUUUCGCCGCCCAUCAAGCACCACGCGAUGCAGCCUUCUCUUCGCCAGUUGUUUGCUGGUUUCUGUCUCAUGGCCUUGUCGGAGCCAAAGUACUUUGAAGAUCCGUCAUUUCAGCCAAGAGAUUUACGAGGCCCGUCUCCUCGCCGCGCCUCCGCUCGUCUACUCAGAAAUCCCGAUGGCCCGCCUCAAUCAUCGACGAGCGGAUUAGACUCUGUCACAUCGGAUAGUAUUAUCGUAAGCACUGGUGGAUCUCCCCAUACAGUAAUCAAUUGCGUUCGUCAGUUGUCGGACCCAAGAGUCAAUUCCAAGGCUACAUGGCUAGCCACAAUAGAUGGCACGCCGGUGAUUCUAAAGUGUUGGCGGCUGAAACAAGACGAGCUGUUUGAUACCGAGGCCGAGGUUUAUGACCGUAUCUGGACUCAGCGGCCGGCUGGUCUUCAUAACUUCACUAAGUGGAUUUUACGGGGAGAGAUUGUUUGCUCGAGCAUCUUCCCAUCGGGAUUUGCCCUCGUGUUAGAGCAUAGAGACGGGGUGCAACUUAACCGACUAUGGCAUACUCUAUCCGAGGUCGAACAAGCCCAUAUUCAGUCCGAAUGCCUUGAUGGAAUUCAUGCUUUGCGACAAGUGACCGUGCGUCUUGAUGAUGCGGGGAUGCACAAUAUUCUCUAUAGCAGGGAAAGUGGGGUGGUGACUUUGCUUGACUUUGAAAAUGCCAGGGAGGUAGAAAGCCAUUCAGUAAUCCCAGCGCAUCACGAAAUGGGCGCCAUCUUUGGCUCUCAGUUUCUGUUGGGACAUCCCUCUGGUGGCUAG